GUUCCGUCAGGAAUGUAUCAGUAUCGGUCACGUCCAUGUGAGCGUCAUGUGAAGCACACCGAUCGCAUAGUGUGUGAGCGCUAGGCCGGAGACAAGGGGCCCCGUUCCUUUAAAACUAACCAGAAUCUUCAAUGAUUUAUCGUAGCUCCUCACCACCUUCCUUUUCAUAACCUCCGCAUUCCCCGCAAUGAAAGUCGAUUGGAGUAAGGUAGACCAACCUGAUCUCGCGUUCCAGCGAUUUCCAAGUCGGCGAUCCCAAGUCUAUGGUACCAAGGGUGUCGUCGCAUGUUCUCAACCUCUCGCGGCGGAGGCUGGACUCGAAAUCCUGAGGAAAGGCGGGAAUGCAGCUGAUGCUGCCGUUGCGACCUCCGCCGCCCUAAAUGUGACCGAGCCUAGUUGCUGUGGUAUAGGAGGGGAUGCUUUUUGUCUCUUCUACGACGCGAAAACGAAAACCAUAAAGGCAAUGAACGGCUCCGGUCACUCUCCUCAGAGAUUGUCAGUUGAAUACAUGCGUCAACGUGGUGUUACAGGCGGCCAGAUUCCUCUCACAGACCUGAACUGUGUCACCGUCCCAGGUGCUGCUGCCGCGUGGGUCGAUGCUGUGGAAAAGCUCGGAAGUGGAAAACUUACCGUCGCUGAAGUUCUUGAGCCUGCGAUCAGGCUCGCCGAAGAAGGAGUUCCAGUAUCUGAAAUUCACAGUCAUAAUUGGCAGCACUCGGAAACGUUGAUAAAAAAUGCGUCGCCAAACGGACAUGAAAUGCUUUUGAACGGAAAGGCACCUCUCCCAGGUCAAAUUAUGAAGUUCCCCAACCUUGCCAAGACUUUCCGUACUGUCGCGGAGCAAGGAAAGGAUGGUUUCUAUAAAGGUCGUAUCGCAGAAGCUAUAGUGGAGCUCGUUCAAAGCAAAGGGGGCGUUAUGGAGCUCGAUGAUCUCGCACAGCACGAGACGUCGUUCGUAGAACCCAUCAAAUACACCUAUGCUGGAGAUGUUACCGUUUAUGAGUGUCCUCCCAAUGGUCAAGGUCUCACUGCGUUGCUUGCUCUUGGCAUUCUCGAACAAAUGCAGGAGCAAGGAAAGAUUCCAUCCCUCCUGGAAUUAGAACACAACUCUGCCGAGUAUCUCCAUGCGCUCAUUGAGGCCCUGCGUCUGGCCUUUGCGGAUACACAAUACUACGUGACUGAUCCUGAGUUCAACAAUAUCCCGGUCGAUGAGCUACUGAGCAAGGAAUAUUUAUCCAAACGCGCAGCUCUUUUCAACCCUCAAGCUACAAACCCCAAAGUGAUCCACGGGAAUCCAGUGAACUCAUCUGACACGGUUUACUUCACUGCUACAGAUCAGUGGGGAAAUGCAUGUAGUUUUAUUCAGAGCAAUUAUGCAGGAUUUGGGACUGGAGCCAUACCCAAGGGAUGCGGCUUUACUCUUCAGAACCGGGGUGCUGGAUUCCUUUUGAUGGAGGGUCACCCUAACUGCUUACAGGGUGGAAAACGACCAUACCACACCAUCAUCCCUGCAAUGGCGUUACGAGGGGACGAUUUGUUCCUGUCCUAUGGUGUAAUGGGUGGCUUCAUGCAGCCCCAGGGCCACGUUCAGGUCCUGCUCAAUAUGCUGCGCGGUUUCACUGCCCAAGCCGCCCUUGAUGCCCCUCGAUUCUGUAUCUCAGCUGGAAUGCCUGACCCAGACGACAAGGAUCCUGCUGCCUUUGGUGUAGUCAACGGUGGGGUUUUCUUUGAAGACACUAUUCCCAUGUCAACCAUUCAGAAGCUUCGCGCCAUGGGACACGAUGCCAAUACCGUCAGCGGCUUCGAGACGGGAAUGAUGGGUCGUGGACAGAUUAUUCAGAAGAUUGUCGAUGUGUCUGGGAAGACUGUUUGGGCUGCCGGGUGUGACCCAAGGUCGGAUGGCCAUGCCGCAGCGCAGAUUUAAAUGCCUCUAGGGACAGGGUAAUGACCCAUUGUACAUACCAUGAAAGAACGAAGAUUGAAGCGCAAUAAAUCUCUGCAAUAAUAUAGCAAA